UGACAUCACGGCUGCAAGGACAUAAAAACCAGCACAGUGCAUUUUGGAUUGACUGCAGGAACACUGACAGGAGCAUUCUACAGGCUGAGCUCCUCUAACGGCACAACAGAAACUAGAUUUUGCAAAGUACACCGUGAAGCUACUUUUUAUAAAUCAGUUCUGAGAACAUCUGAGAGAUUUUGUCUUCAAUUGUGCUUUCAAUUCCUUUAAAGAAGCAUGUGCACGGGAGGCUGUGCCAAGUGCCUGGGAGGUAGUCUCAUCCCCCUGGCCGUGCUCGCCACCCUUGCUAACAUUUUGUUGUUUUUCCCUGGAGGAAAAGUGGCUGAAGACAGUGCACACAUUACAGAUGAAGUUUGGUACUUCGGAGGGAUCUUGGGAUCUGGUGUAUUGAUGAUCUUCCCUGCCUUGGUAUUUUUGGGCCUUCAGAAUAAUGAUUGCUGUGGAUGCUGUGGUAAUCGAAGCUGCGGAAAGAGGUUUGCGAUGUUUUCUUCUAUAAUAUUUGCCGCCGUUGGAGUUCUGGGAGCUGGAUACUGCCUUAUUUUGUCAGCAGUAGCCCUAAACAAAGGCCCUAAAUGUAACACUGGAGAAAAGUGGACCUACCCUUUCCAGGAUGGGAAUUACCUUGCUGACCAUGCAUUGUGGAACCUGUGUAAGUCACCGGACAAUAUUGUCCCAUGGCACCUGACUCUCUUCUCCUUGCUGCUGGUCAUGAGCGGGAUCCAGGGACUGCUCUGUGGAAUUCAGAUGGUGAAUGGCCUGUUUGGAACCCUCUGUGGGGACUGCAAAUGCUGUGGCUGUUGUGGGGGAGAUGGAACCGUCUGAUGAACAGGAAUAUUGCAGACAACUCUCCCCUCCCUGGGAGGAUCCCUUCUGCAGCCGCUCCACAAAGCAGCCCUCAGAUGCACUGCCUCUGGCUAAGAAGAUGAGGAUGAAGGGCUCUUCCUCCCACCAGUGUUAUGAAGCCCUGACUCCCUUUCCAGCCUUCCUGAAAUCCCUCAUCAUGGAA